AUGCGGCGACUGAUAUCAUCACACAUUGUACUGCCGACGCUGGCAGCCUCACUUCGGUCACUGUACAGCCCACUAGUUGAGGAGCACUACAAUAACCCGCGCAAUGUCGGUAAAUUAGACAAAUCCGACCCAAAUGUUGGAACUGGUCUCCGCGGUGCUCCAGAGUGCGGUGACAUGACUCAAAUGCAGGUGAAGGUGAACCCUGAAACGAUGGUGAUUGAGGAUGUUAAGUUCAAAGCAUUUGGUUGCGGGAGCGCGAUUGCGGCAUCAUCCUACGCCUCGCAGGCAAUUCGCGGCAAAACACUUGCUGAGGCACUGCAGCUCACCAACAAACGGAUUGCACGGGAACUUUCCCUUCCGCCUGUUAAAUUGCACUGCUCGAUGCUGGCGGAGGAAACUAUUCAAGCCGCAGUUGAGAACUACCUUUCCAAAAACCCUUCACUAAAGUCGAAGGUACACAAGAAAAAAACGGAAACUCCAUCCAUAUCUCAGACAUCCCAAGUAGCUUCUAAGUCCGAGGCUGUUGGUGAGGUGUCAAGCUGA